CAAAAACCCUAACCCCAAAUUCCUUUUCCUUUCUUGCAGCCUUCUCUUCAUCCUAACUCAACUCUUGUUCCUAGAGAGAAAGACGAAAUCUUUCAUCGAGUGAGAAUGAGGGCGGGCAAGAAACAGUCCCUUCAGAUGAAUUCAGCGAAGCAGAAGAACAAGAAUAAUAAAAACAAAGAAAAGAGUAUAAAAAACCAAUCAAAGGAAGACAAACUUAAUAAUAGUGAAGAGCCUGAACACUAUCUGGAAGAAAAAGAAAUUGCUACUGAUUCCGAGUCUGAGUUUGAGGAACUUUCUGAUUCUGAGGGCGAGUAUUUUGAAUCAUCUGGGGAUUCAGAAGCUGGAGAAAGCAAUUCAUCUGGAGAUGAGGAUUCUAUUGACACUGACAAUAAUGAUAGCGUGGACAAUGAAGAUCAAAGUGAAGGUUCAGAAUCUGAUAAAGUUGCUGAAGAAAGUGAUUCCUCUGAGGAUGAGGUGGCUCCUCGAAAUACGGUUGGAGAUGUUCCCUUGAAGUGGUACGAGGAUGAAAAACAUAUUGGAUAUGAUAUAGCUGGGAGGAAAAUAACAAAGAAGGAGAGGCAAGAUAAACUGGAGUCGUUUCUUGCAAGCGCUGAUGAUUCAGAAAAUUGGCGCAAAAUUUAUGAUGAAUACAAUGAUGAAGUGGUAGAACUAACAAAAGAAGAAAUAAAAGUUAUUCGUCGAUUGGUCAAAGGAAAGGCUCCGCAUCUUGACUUUGAACCAUAUCCGACUUACAGCGACUGGUUCGACUGGGAUGCGAAGCAUCCACUGUCAAAUGCUCCCGAACCAAAGAGGCGAUUUACUCCCUCAAAAUGGGAAGCUAAAAUGGUUGUAAAGUAUGUUAGGGCAAUUCGUAAAGGUUUAAUAAAGUUUGACAAGCCAAAAGAAGAACCACGUUUUCACUUGUUGUGGGGUGAUGAUUCUGGCUCAGCUGAAAAGGCUGCACAUUUAUCUUACAUCCCUGCACCAAAGCCAAAAUUGCCAGGCCAUGAGGAGUCGUAUAAUCCUUCCCUGGAAUACGUCCCAACACAAGAAGAGAUUAAUUCUUAUAUGCUGAUGGAUGAGGAAGACCGACCUAAAUUUAUACCUAAACGGUUUACAUCUCUAAGAAGCAUCCCUGCAUAUGAGAAUGCUGUUAAGGACUCUUUUGAACGUUGUUUGGAUCUAUACUUGUGCCCUAGAGUUCGUAAGAAACGUAUUAAUAUUGAUCCUGAAUCAUUGAAACCUAAGCUGCCAAGUAGAAGAGAUCUUAAGCCUUACCCUGUGACAUGCUAUCUUGAGUAUAGAGGUCAUAAAGGUGCAGUUAUGUCAAUUUCCACUGAAGCUUCAGGACAAUGGAUUGCUUCAGGUGCAACUGACGGAACUGUACGUGUUUGGGAGGUUGAGACGGGUAGAUGUAUUAAAAUAUGGGAGCUUGGUGAAGCUGUCCAAUGUGUAGCAUGGAAUCCUUCUCAUGAGCUUCCUAUCUUGGCAGUAUCUGUGGGACAAGAUGUAAUUGUUCUCAAUACUGGAUUGGGCAGUGGAGAAGUGCAAAAAAAAGUGAAGGAACUACUUCAUGUUGAGACACCUACUGUUUCAGAUGAUUCUGAUAAAACAAGUUCCAGUUUGAGCUGGCUUCAAGACAACAUUCAUGGAGGAAUAAAGUUGCGGCAUUUUAGGACUGUAUCUUCAGUAGAAUGGCAUCGUAAAGGGGACUAUUUGUGCAGCGUGAUGCCAGCUGGUGAAUCAAAAGCUAUUCUCAUACACCAGCUCUCUAAGAAGCUUACACAAAGACUACCUUUUAAGCUGCAUGGACUUCCAGUAACAUCAGUUUUUCAUCCUACUCGUUCUGUUUUCUUUGUUGCAACAAAGAAAAAUGUUCGUGUUUAUGAUUUGUUGAAGCACAAGCUGAUUAAGAAGCUUGAGACAGGACUCCGCGAAGUUUCCUCUAUUUCAGUUCAUCCUGCUGGUGAUAAUGUAAUUGUGGGAAGCAAGGAGGGAAAAUUAUGUUGGUUUGAUAUGGACCUUUCAUCAAAGCCUUACAAAAUUCUCAAGUGUCAUCCAAAAGAUAUAACCAAUGUGGCAUUCCAUCGUUCGUACCCCCUAUUUGCAUCGUGUUCUGAUGAUUGCACUGCAUAUGUUUUUCAUGGCAUGGUUUAUUCUGAUCUUAACCAGAACCCUCUUAUUGUUCCACUGGAAAUUCUUCGUGGACAUUCAACCUCAAAUGGUAGAGGAAUAUUGGAUUGUAAGUUUCAUCCAAGGCAACCCUGGUUAUUCACUGCUGGUGCUGAUUCAUUGAUCAAACUCUAUUGUCAUUAGGAUGAUAAAAAAAGCAGCAUUUAUUGUUCACACUGGUUGGGAAAAGAUUGCACAUCACAUGACAUUGAAGGAUGACUGGGAUUUGAGAGAUGCUCAUGUGCUGGAUUGUAUGAUACAAGAUGGUGUUCAAGCAAAUACAGAUACACUAGGUUGAGCGUUGAGGUAGCGAGUGGUUGAUUUAGCUGUUGCCUAUAUUAUCUGGAUAAGGCCUCAGUUAUAAUUUUGACAAAGCCAAUACUGGUUCUAUGUUGAUUUAUUAAUUGUCUAAUAUAUUUAUAUGUAUUUAUAAAUUGAAAGGUUUCGUGCAUUUCUUGAAAUUUGUGUUAUUGAAUGUUUUAGGUACUCUUGA